UCUUUCACUGUCAUUCAGCAUUGGCCUGCUUAACAGCUAUACUUUCAUUACUGAAAUUUAUUUAAUCUCUCACUCUGAUUAUCACUCUAACAAGAUAACCCAGACAAAAAAAAAAGAAAAAAAAAAGAGAAGAAAAGGAAAAGCCAGAUUUAAAAUCACAAUCUAGAAAGAGGAACAAUCAUAAACUGUGAGACCAUCUCUCUCUCACUUUCUCUCCCUAAAACCACCGUUUUAGUUUUCACUUUUCAGACCUGCAUUUUCUCUGUCUCGCUCUAUAUCUCGGGAUCCUCUGAGGUAGGAGCAUUUGGAUGUGAGUGGUUUUGGCAUCGGUUAGAUCAGCCAUGGCCGAGGUUUCCGGCGACGGGGGAGUGGAGGCGACUGUGGCAACUCCACCGUCGUUUACGGUGUCGGGAUCAUUCAAGGAAGGAAAGAGCUCGUCGCGGAGGCGUGCGCCUUCGAUGAGGCCGAGCCUGGAUGCGGACGAGUUCAUGAACCUUCUUCACGGUUCGGAUCCGGUGAAGGUGGAGCUCAAUCGACUGGAGAACGAAGUUAGAGAUAAGGACAGAGAAUUAUCAGAAGCACAGGCGGAGAUCAAAGCCUUGAAGUUCUCUGAACGACUCAGAGAAAAGGCUGUUGAAGAGCUGACUGAAGAAUUGUCAAAGGUUGAGGGGAAGCUGAAGUUAACAGAAUCUCUUCUAGAAAGCAAAGUAUUGCUUGGAGCCUCUUGCAACCUUAGUGGGCAUGUCUUGCAGAAUCUUGAAAUAAAGAAAAUCAAUGAUGAAAAGAAAGCAUCAAUGGCAGCUCAGUUUGCAGCCGAAGCCACACUUCGAAGGGUCCAUGCUGCUCAGAAGGAUGAUGACAUGCCUCCUAUAGAAGCCAUUCUUGCUCCUCUGGAGGCUGAACUCAAGCUUGCUCGGCAAGAGAUUGCUAAACUUCAAGAUGAUAACAAAGCUUUAGAUCGUCUUACCAAAUCUAAAGAAGCAGCACUUCUUGAAGCCGAGAGGACUGUUCAGGUUGCCUUAGCUAAGGCAUCCAUGGUGGAUGAUCUCCAAAAUAAAAAUCAAGAGCUAAUUAAACAGAUUGAGAUUUGCCAGGAAGAAAAUAAGAUUUUGGACAAAAUGCAUAGACUGAAGGUGGCAGAGGUUGAAAAGCUUACCCAAACUGUAAGGGAACUAGAAGAGGCUGUCCUCGCAGGAGGUGCAGCUGCAAAUGCUGUGAGAGAUUAUCAGCGGAAAGUGCAAGAAAUGAAUGAAGAAAGAAAAACCCUUGACCGGGAGUUAGCUCGUGCCAAGGUUACUGCGAACAGAGUAGCUGUAGUAGUAGCAAAUGAAUGGAAAGAUGCUAAUGACAAAGUGAUGCCUGUCAAACAAUGGCUUGAAGAACGACGAUGCUUGCAGGGAGAGAUGCAGCAACUACGGGACAAGCUUGCUAUAUCUGAGCGCACUGCAAAAUCUGAAGCGCAGUUAAAAGAAAAAUAUCAAUUACGGCUUAAAGUGCUACAAGAGAGUUUGAGAGAAACUUCUAACAGUAUUAAUCGUGGCACCUCAGAGGGAAGAUGUGUUAGUAAUGGGCCUUCUCGACGUCAAUCCCUUGGUGGAGCUGAUAGCAUCUCAAAACUAACCUCUAAUGGGUUUCUAUCUAAGAGAACACCAUCCUCUCAACCGAGAUCCUCUGUGUCCUCCAGCACAGUUUUGAAGAAUGCUAAAAGCACAUCUAAAUCAUUUGAUGGUGGGACAAGAUCACUAGAAAGGAGUAAAAUUCUUCUAAAUGGAAAACCUCCAAGUUACUCAUUCAAUCAGUCUUCCGAAGGAACCAAAGACAAGGAGAAAAAUGAUAAUUGGAAAGGAAAUUUGGAUGAUAAGCCAAAUGACUUCCCAAUGGUGGAUACGGGAGAUAGUGUUCCUGGAGUUCUGUAUGAUUUGUUGCAGAAAGAAGUCUUAGCCUUGAGGAAAGCUGGUCAUGAGAAAGAUCAAAGCCUAAAAGACAAAGAUGAUGCCAUUGAGAUGCUAGCAAAGAAAGUAGAUACAUUGACCAAAGCCAUGGAAGUUGAGGCAAAGAAGAUGAGAAGAGAAGUAUCUGCCAUGGAGAAGGAGGUAGCUGCAAUGCGUGUGGAGAAAGAACAAGACAACAGAGCAAAACGUUUCAGUGGUGUGAAGGGCCCUAUGAACAGUGCCCAGCAUCAGCUUGUUUCUGGAAGAAAUGUGUCACGGGGAGGAUUAACACGCAGCACUCAAUGACAGUAAGCUUAUUGCAGUGGCACUAAGGAGUGAACUUUCAUAGGAUCGUUCUUCUGCCCUUCUCUGUUUAUUUGUAUUUUUACUUUUGCCUUUUUUUUGUCACCAGUUGAUUGUAAGAUUGUAACCGGUAUGCCGACGACCGUUGUUAAUGAUAUUUGGCCAUGGGUUGAGUGAGGGUUGGAAAAGAAUUUAAGGAUUCGGUAUACAUCUGACCUAGACUGUUGUAUACUUGUAUUAUCUGCUUAGAGAGAUCGGCUUGGAAGCCAAGCAAAGGAAGACAAUUAACUUGGAGCUAACCUUCAGCUUUUCUUUGAGUGGCUAUGUCAAUGUGUUUGUAUAGGUAGAUUUAUCCUUCCUUUUCUCCUUUUUGCCGUUGAUAUUUGUAACACAUAGAUAGUGUGAUUGUGUUGGUUCAGCUUUGUUAAUAUCUUUGUAAUCAGAUCAAAAUCUAAGUUUAUUUGAUUGUGUU